GAUACUCCCCAGUCCUCUCUGGGAAUGGUACUGAGACCUGCCUAAACCUGCAAUUCCUUCCACCUACCCUCCUCUGCCAUUCAUAUGGCUCCAGCUCCUCUCUAAUGGUAUCAGAGUACUCAACAAACUUUUUAACCUGCCAAAAUAAUGAAGUAAAAAAGGCCACGGAUAGCUUUUAGCUUAUUGUCAGUAAGCAUGUGGCACUGAUGCCUUGCAGAGAAACAACAGCACUCCCACCAGUGUGUGUGCUAUAUUUGCUCAUCAACAAGGAGGCUAGAGACAGGCCGAGAGAGAGUGAGAGCUGCUCACUCCUGCACUGUUCCUGAACUGGUGCUCAGCACCUUAACUCUUGAGAUGACCAGAGACCCCAUCUCUUGAGAAUCCCAUGCCUCAAAGAACACUGUCAAGUGCCUGUCUCAGUCCCUCCCUCUGAUCUUCCCCUCCCCUAGAUUUCCUCUGGUUGCUACUUGAAUCAUUGACGUUUUCUUUUUAAAGAUUUAUUUAUUUAUUAUGUAUACAGUGUUCUGUUUGUAUGUAUGUCUGCACACCAGAAGAGAGCACCAGAUCUCAUUAUGGAUGGUUGUAGGCCACCAUGGGUUGCUGGGAAUUGAACUCAGUACCUCUGGGAGAACAGUCAGUGCUCUUAACCUCUGAGCCAUCUCUCCAGCCCUCAUUGACGUUUUCUAUAACUCUCUGGUUCUCCCUUGAGGGCAAGGAACUCUGUCCCAUUCACCUUUAUUAUCCCCCACCAUCUGAAGCAAUAAGCUCAAAAAAGGGGGCUAAAAGAACACUGCACCAACAAAGAUCCUAGUCAGUCCCAAUGCCUUAGGUUAGCAAAAAGGUUUUCAACAAUCACACUGGCCAACCAACUCUGCUGGAGACAACUGAAGAAAGACUGUGGACAGAGUUGUGGGAAGAGUGAGCAUGGUAUUGUCACUUAUUCGUUUGUGUGUUUGUGUGUGUAUGUGUGUGAUGACAGGGUCUCAAUGUGUAACCAAAGCUUGCCUCAAACUCCCAAGUGCUGGGAUGUAGUUAUAUACCAUACCUAGCUUCACUGAAGACUCUUACGUUUAAGAUGCCUUCAAACCACAGCUCUAACUGUAGUGACUGUGUGAAGUGGAAGGUAGGUUUAUAUAGGUGCCUCAAAUGAGACAGCAGAGACAUUCCUUGGCUAAUAGAACAGUGACUUGGACUCUGGGGUGGGGACUAGAACAUGGACCACACAAGGCACCCAGUCUUGCAUGCUGUAUCUGGGAUGUUCAGGUCAAAAUGCUCAUCCUACCCACAACACAGCUGAAUAACUACAGUGGCCAGAGUCUUGCCUAUUAAAUUAUUCAGUAGUUGUCUUUCUGUGUUUAGUUCUUUUCAGUUGUCAUAGUGUCCUACAGACUCAUCCAAGUUACCACAUAUUGGUUGAAAUAUUAAGGCAACUCCGCUUAGUUAAAAGGGAGGUUUAUUUUGUGGGGUAACUUACAAGUGAAGGAAUAGGUUACAGGGUCCAGGAAAGGUGAAGCGCAGUCCUGCGGUGUUCUCUGGAGAACUCUGCUCGGUCUGCCUCCAGCGUCCAGGAUCCAGGAACCAAGAGAGCCAGUACUUCUGGAUCUCAGGUCUUAAGCACUCCUGUCUCGGCCCCGCCUCUUAGGCGUGACAGUCACCGGAAGCCUCAAUGGAGGUAGUACUUCCAGGACAAAGCUGGAACAGCUACCCAGUACAACCACAGCUCUUUUUAUUUCAUUAUGUAAAUUUACCACAUUUUCUGUAUCCAUGCAUGUGUUUGUGGAUACCUAUGUUGAGUAUGUAUCUUAGCCAUUAUGAAUCCUGCUUCAAUAAACACAGAAGAGAACUCUUUCAAAUGGUAAUUUCAACUCCAUUAGAUAUAUAUCUAGUUAGGCUAUUAAAACAAAUAUAUUAAACAGUUUAAGUUGCAGUAUUUUUUUUUAAUCAGCAUAUGGGACUUGAGAGAUGACUCAGUGGUAAAAAGCACUUGCUGCUCUUUCAGAGGACACAUGUUCAAUUCCAGCACCAAUAUGGUGGCUCACAACUAUCUACAAAUCCAGUUCUAGGGAAUCCAAGGUCCUCUUCUGACCUCCAUGAAAAUCAUACACACACAGGGUACACGUACAUGCAUACAGACAAUCAGAUCCUUAAGUACAUUUUUAUAUUAUUUUCUUAAAUCAACAUAAAAAUUAGUAUUUUGGGUGGAGCAGCACAUGCCUUUAAUCCCUUUAAUCUGGAGGCAGAGGCAGGUAGAUCUCCAUAAAUUUAAGGCCACCCAGGACUACAUAAUGAGAACCUCUUUUUAAAAAGUAGUAUUUUUAUAUGCAAAUAAUGAAUUAUCUGAAAAGAAAAUCAAGAAAGUAAAUCUUUUUACACUAAUUACCCAACAAAAGAGCCUAGUAAUAAAAGUUAACCAAACAAAUAAACGCUCUCACAAUAAAAAUAUUAAUGAGAGAAAUUGAGGAGAGCAAAAGUAAAUGUUCAUAAACUGGGAGAAUGACUAUUGUUGAAAUGUUGAUACUACCCAAAGUAAUCUGUAGUAUUAAUAUGACCCCAAUCUCAGUGUCAAUGACUCCUUCAUAAAAACAGAAAGCAGUCUUAAAUGUAUAUGGAACUGCAAAAGAGUGCAUAUGUCCACAGCAGAAUAUACAGAACAAAGCUGAAGUCAUCACACUAUCCAACUUCAAAGCCUAUUCCAAGCAGGGUUCACUCUGUGCAUAUCUGCAGACCCAACCACUUAGGAAGCUAAGGCAGAAGGAUCACUUGAGUCCAGGAGUUUGGGAACAACCUAGACAACAUAGCAAGACAUCCUCUCUUAACCAAAACACAAAAGUACUACAAAGAAAUAGUAAUCCAAUAGCAUGGUACUAAUGUAAAAAGUAUAGAUACAAUGGCACAGAGUAGAGAACCUAGGAAUAAACCAGUGUAUUUACAUCCAAAUGGUUUUCAGCAAAAUUUGUUCUGAACUGUAAACUGGGCAUACAAAUUUAGGAAAGGACAAUAUCCGUAAAUAUCCAGGAAACUUAGUGACAUGUGGAAGAAGGAAAACUGCUGCUGCCCAGGGGCCAGCCUGGGCUCAAAGGAAAUCCUCGGAGUCGUCCUACUACAAUGUUUGUAUCUGAGGGGGUAAGGGAAAAAGACACACACACACUCUUGAUGGUUUCCUUCAGACUUUUUCUUUAUUCUUUUGCAUUCUCUAUUCUUUAUGUGCCUUGUGAUUGCCUUCUCUUAUUCUUGAUGUUUUCCUUCUAACUAUUUUUGAUGUUUUCCUUCUAACUCUAAGUAUCUUUUUUCUUUCCCUUACAGCUUAUAUACCCCAGCAAAAUCUUUCAGGCAAUAUAAAAAUUUCAGUGUGGUUACAUUGAAUUUUUCAAGUGAAUUAUUAGAAUGCACACAAUUUAAAAACAGUAUGUAAGUAUAUCCCUUACAUAAACAUUUUACAUAUUACAGGUGAAAAACAAGUUGUCUCAAGAACCCAUGUACAUUCAUAUCCAAGCAAUUUGUUAUCGAUUAACAGUGUAAGCAAGCAAGGUAUUCUUCUCAGCCAGUUCUUUUACUGGCAUGCUGCAUUUUGUGGUUGCAAAGAAAGAACCAAUCACUUUAUUUUUUAUCUUAAAAGGUAAUCUUAUAAGGAAUUUUAAAGGUAUCACAAACCUAAACUUUUAUGCAUGGAAAAUAAUCAGUCAGCUCUACUUUAAAUCUUUAGGGGACAUACCCACUCAUCAGUUGUUUUUUAUAUCAGAAGAUUGAGGGCAGAUGGAAUUAAUCAUCACCUUUGGUCAUCAACCAAUCCUAGCAAGAAAGGUGCAUCAGCUAAUAAUAAUUGGGCUGCUUUGUUCUUGUUCCCUGACCUUAAUGAGUUUCUCAUUCAACUAUAUGCCUUUCUAAAACUUUUUAGAUUGUCUUCUUGGGUUUUUCACCUCACAGCUAUUUGACAAAAACAUCUUGAUCUAACUUUAAGUUAUUUUCAAAGCUUUGUUUCAGCUAUGGUGCACUCUGAAACCUGUGAAUAUACCUCCCAACAUUAAGAUUAAAAGAAUUUGAACUAGCUGGGCUACUAGGACUCAAUUGUUUUCCUUAAUCAUUAACCUAAGCCACAGUCUUUAUGGCUCCUCAGUAGAAACUCAUGUGUUCUAGCUGUGUGACACUUCCUUGUUUCAUUUUUUAUCCUCUGCAGCCUCCACUUUAUCAGAGACAAGGGCAACAUUUUACCCUACCUUUACCUAUGCUAAUUUUUCCACUAAACUAACCUCUAUCUUAAUCCCUUACUAUAUUUAUUAAGAUCCCUCAAUCAUCAAAAUCCUAUUUAAACUAACAUUAUUACUGUAUAAAAUCAUUGUUUCAGUUAAACAGUACAGUUUAGGAAGAAAUCAUCUUCAUAAUAAUUCACAGGUAAAAAUGCCCAGUAGAAUGGGAUAUUUCCUUGAGAUAAAGACACUACAUUUACAGGCAGUGGGGAUCUCCCCACACCCCUUGACACCAUGCCAGAUACCAGAAAAAAAAUGGUAGCAGCAAACAUGUAAAGGCACAGCAGAAGCAAAAGACAUUCUGGGGUCUGUAGUCUCAGGACCUUGCCUAUCCAAGAGUCACCCAUCAGGAAUUUGCCUCCUGGUGGGCUGACACCUUGAACUUCAAUUGUCACCUGCUCUUCCUCUGACAUGGCCACCAGCAAAAAUCAUCUCUUACCAUAUACAAAAUCAGUUCAAAAUGGAAUAAGGACUUAAAUGCAAGACCCAGCUUUUAAUGUCUCCACAUUCCCAAGGGGGUCACUUACUCAGCAAGCUUGACAGCAUGAAGAAACUCAGUAAGGUUCCUGCUCUCUUUCUUAUGGAAUAGUCCACAUAGAGCCAUCCUGUUCUUCUGACUCAGGGCCUGUAUGGUAAGAGAGCUACACCCCACUGAUGGGUAUACUGUAAACUGACCAGAAGAGCUAAGUGCUUUUUAAAAGCACUUCUUCCAGGAUAGAGAAAGUGCAAUAGAGUCUCCACAAGGUCAAGUAUCACAAAGGCAUAAAUUGAUCUUCUGGUACUCACUAUGUCUUGGGAUAAGUAACCAAGCCACUCUGUGCUGAAAUAUGAAAGUUAUUAUUACUUUAUUAAAAAAAAACCUACGAGGCCAGGUCUCUGGGACCGGCCCGGGAAGAUGGUGCUGGGGGGCUGCCCUGUGAGUUACCUAUUGCUGUGCGGCCAGGCAGCCUUGCUGCUGGGGAACCUGCUGCUGCUGCACUGUGUCUCUCGGAGCCACUCGUUUAACGCCACGGCCAAAGUGGAUCUCACACCCUCAGGCGCCGCUCACCCCGAGGGUCCCGCACCCCCGACCUGGGAAUACAGCGAUCCCCACUCUCCGGUCAUCCUUUGCUCUGACCUACCCGACGAGUUUGUAGAUUGUGAUGCCCCAGUGGAUCACGUUGGAAAUGCAACUGCGUCCCAGGUGCUUGGUUAUGGUUGUCUCAAGUUUGGGGGUCAGGCCUACAGUGAUGUGGAACACACUUCAGUCCAGUGCAGAGCCCUGGAUGGAAUUGAGUGUGCCAGCCCCCGGACCUUUCUACGAGAGAAUAAGCCUUGUAUAAAGUACACGGGACACUACUUCGUAACCACGUUGCUCUACUCCUUCCUGGGGUGUUUCGGCGUCGAUCGCUUCUGUCUGGGACACACCGGCACAGCCGUAGGGAAGCUGCUGACACUGGGGGGACUUGGGAUCUGGUGGUUUGUGGACCUCAUUUUGCUCAUCACUGGAGGGCUGAUGCCUAGUGACGGCAGCAACUGGUGCACUGUCUACUAAAGACUGCCGCUGUCCCGUGCCAGCAAGGAAAACACGUGCCCCGCUGCCUGACUAGUUACCACAAGCUCCAAGUUCUCCUCUGGACAUCACUGUCCUCUUUGAAGUUCGGGCUGAAUUUUCAACCCAGAUCUUACCUUGCAGACCAGGAAUGACAAGCAGUGUUGUGGGGAAUCCAGUCGUUCCUUUCUUCAUGUACAGAAUAUCAAAGACAGUGACUUCUACCCAGAUCAUUUUCAGUGUUCCGUGUCUGUGUGGCUGGAUCUUGAACCGUUUGGAGCAGGGGGACCAUGCACAGGUCAAACACAUGUGCAUGUGUUUAUCCAUGCACAGCCUUUUGCGACCCUGAAUUUCCAAGCACAGGUCAGAAACUGUGCCAAUGAGAAAUCUCCAGGUGACAUAGAAAUGAUCGCGGGUUUUAAUACACACCAAAAUUCUGACUCUGUGACUUGAAAGUGCAGAAUAAAGUUUUAAAACCUAAAAAAAAAA